UUAAGCACCCACUGAGCUUCAGCUCGCCGCCAUAGCCAACCAGUUUCAGAGAGCGCAACCUCCUAGCAGACUCCCAGAAGAAAUGGGGCUUCAUCAUGGAGCACCAGUUGCUCUGUCCCUGCUCGUGCUCCUGUGCGUCCAUGGAGGCCGAGAAGCGGAGGCGGCGGGCGGCGGGUUCGUGAGGGCGCAGGGCACCCGCUUCGUCAUCAACGGCAGCCCCUACUACGCCAACGGAUUCAACGCCUACUGGCUCAUGACCAUGGCCGCCGACCCCGCGCAGAGGGGCAAGGUCACCUCCGCGCUCAGCCAGGCCGCCGCCCGCGGCCUCUCCGUCGCCAGAACCUGGGCCUUCAGCGACGGCGGCAGCAAUGCGCUGCAGUACGCCCCCGGCAGCUACAACGAGAACACCUUCAAGGGGUUGGAUUUUGUGAUGUCUGAGGCUAGGAAGAAUGGGAUUAAGGUGAUACUGAGCCUUGUGAACAACUAUGACACUUUUGGAGGGAAGAAGCAGUACGUAGAGUGGGCAAGAGGGCGGGGGCAGGCCAUCGGAUCUGAAGAUGGCUUCUUCACCAACUCCGUCGUCAAGGGCUUCUACAAGAACCAUGUCAAGACCGUGCUGACGAGGGUGAACACCGUGACCGGGGUGGCGUACAAGAACGACCCGACGAUCCUGGCGUGGGAGCUGAUGAACGAGCCCCGGUGCCAGUCCGACCUCUCCGGGCGGACCAUCCAGUCGUGGAUCACGGAGAUGGCGGCGCACGUCAAGUCCAUCGACGGCAACCACAUGCUGGAGGCCGGCCUGGAGGGCUUCUACGGCCCAUCCUCGUCCCGGGCCGCCUCCGUGAACCCGGCCGGCCACCAGGUGGGCACCGACUUCAUCGCCAACAACCAGGUCCCCGGCAUCGACUUCGCCACCGUGCACUCGUACCCGGACCAGUGGCUGUCCAGCUCCGACGACCAGGCGCAGCGGAGCUUCCUGGGCAGGUGGCUGGACGCGCACAUCGCGGACGCGCAGGGGACGCUGCGCAAGCCGCUGCUGAUCGCCGAGUUCGGCAAGUCGCAGAGGGACCCCGGGUUCAGCAGCGCCCAGCGGGACGCGCAGUUCGGCAUGGUCUACGCCAAGAUCUACGACUCGGCGCGGAGGGGCGGCCCCACGGUGGGCGGGCUCUUCUGGCAGCUCAUGGCCGGCGGCAUGGACUCCUACGGGGACGGCUACCAGGUCAUCUUCGCGGAGGCGCCGGCGUCCACCACCGGCGUCAUCACGUCCGAGAGCCGCAAGCUCAAGAUGCUCGGCAAGGCGUUCGCGCGGGCCGAGCGCGCCAAGCGGGACGGGAGCGGGAAGAUCGCCGGUGGCAAUUAGAGAAGACCACAGACCACGACAACAACAGAUGAUCUCUACUUUAUAUAAUGCGUGCUUUCUUUGAGUGUGUGAGUGAGUCAAGUUCUCCUCGAGAUGAUUCAAGAUUAUUAUUCAUCCGGGAGAGAAGGAGUAAUAUUUGUCAUCCUUCUUGCUACCUUCCUUGGGAAGAGGACAUGUUUUCUUCAGUGUUCUUGUGGAUUACGAGAUAGCCAAAUGUGGUGGACUGAUCAUGGUGUAAGGCUGGCAAACAGCCGGUGAUUAGAACCUUGGUCAUACUGGCUUUUA